CUCCGAACAAAAAACACACCGCCGUGCUUAAAUCGCUGCAUGGAAAAAUAUAUUUUGACCAGUUUUUCAAUUGAAAUGUGUUUUUCCUUUCAAAUUUUCUGAAGCAUCCUUUUAAUUUUUAAUUUGAUACACUUCGAAAAAAUUGAGGAGUUUUUGAAAACUUGUUAUUAACUAGAAAAUUAGAAAUCAAUUAUUUAUUCGAAAAUCAUCAAAAACUUCAAUUUCUGAGCAUUUGAACUUUCAUUCCAGUUGCAGCUCAGCCUUAUUCUGAGGAGCCAGUUUAUUCGCCUUACUCCAGAAAAUAUAUUCGCAGUUACUCCAGAAAAUAUAAUAAAAAAGCAAAUUUGCAGAAAAUAAGAAACUAAUUUUUUUGCAAAAAAAACAUAGAAAAAAUAGCGCUUUGAGAGAAACCCGAAGUUGGAUCUGUGACAUGGGUUGUGGGGCGAGCAGUUCAGUCCAGUCGGCCUCCGAGCCCCGCUCUCUCACACCUACCCAGGGCUCAUACAAUGCCCAGCUGAUCGAAACCCCAGUUCAAUCUUUGAAGCGUCAGCCCAACAAAUCCAUCAGUCUUUCGCAGCCAGAUGACGACAUCUACAUCCCCCCACGUGAUCCAAAUGAACAAAUAAACUCUUCGCCCCAAAUCGGGGAAUCCGAAGGACAAAACGAACACUCCCAGCGACCAUCCAGUCACGUGACUUCACACGACUCGGGCCUUGAAGAGGACAACGGAAUGACAACCGAGCCCGCCACUCGGCCCGAAUCAUCACGUUCGGAUCAAGGCGACAAGACUUCGAACGAACAAAAUGGGAUUUUGACACCCGACAAUCAAAGAUCGCAUGUUUUUGAGGAAAACGAAACAGCGUUGACGGAAAUUUUACGAGAGGAGUUCACGAAAGAAAACGACAAGAACGAGUCGGCUAUUGUUUCGACAAAUGAAAGUGCAAUUGAGAUUAGCGAUCCGACAGAGGAAGAAAUUCUGCAGUUAGGCGGCACAAUCGAAACAGAAGAAACGGAUAUCUCAAACAAUUUAAAUGAGACUUACGAUUUGACGGAAAGAAUGAAAAAAGAAAAUUUGACCGAAAACCAAGACAUACCUGAUGAUGCCGAUAUUACGAACGAAAACAAUCCCAAUGAGAUUCCGAAUGCUGGUUUAGUUAUUGAAGGCACAGCUUUAGAAACGUCGGGCAAAAAAGAAGAAGCCAAGUCGCCAAACACUGAAUCGGAAUCUUCCGCUGAGCCGAGAAAAAUAACGAGUGCUUCUAUUUCUCGCCCAAACACGAGUGGCAAACGUCCAAUGUCGGCUCAAUCUCGUGUCCAAUCAGCUUUCAAACGCCCUGAUUCUACGAAUUCGGCUAAAAUAGCACCAAGCUUUCCAAGCGCAAAAACGUUCACGAAACCUAAUUCACGCCCUGUUUCUGCUAAGUCCGAUAAAAUUGAAGCCAUACAAACAGCUGAUGAGCGAGCUAAGUCACGUGAGGGUACCGCAAGUCGACAGGAGUCGGCUAAAUCUACGCGAAGCUUAGUGAACAUGAGUCGACAAGUGUCGGCUAACUCAACUAGAAGCUUAGUGAACGCGUCUUGGCGCCCAUCGUCGAAAACAAGCAAUCACAGUGUCAAAAGUCUUCCAAUUACAAAUAAUGAUUUAAAACUGGACUCAAACGAUGGUAGGAAAAGCUCUCAAUCACUUCGUUCUGCUAAUUUUGCAGUCGCGCCAGUUGUUAAGAAACAAACUAAACCUGGCUCAAGAAACAGUCAAGCAACGUUUGACGUAGCACCAAAAUUACCGCCAGCAGCUGAAUUUGAAAUCGAUCGAAAGACUCCAGAGUUGACAUCUUCAAGACCAUCUUCAAAAGCUUCGGAGGCGCCCAAACGUCCAGAAUCUGGAACUUCACAACGUUCUAACGGAUCUCAAAAAGUUCCUUUAGACAUUGAAACUAGUAAUACAAAUAUCACAAAUGCUGAAAGGAGCGCCAGUUCCAUGGAUGAUCUUGAGAUGUUGCAACAUGUUAUGGAGGGCACUUUGGAACGGAAAAACGAUGUUACAGACAUGUCUGCCAGUUAUGUAAUAGAUGGUCGAAAUGAUUUAAUGGAUGAUUAUAAUGAUAUAAUUGAUGAUGAAACGGAAAACGCCGAAAAAAAUGAUGAAACUCAUGAACAAAAUGAAAUUGAUGAUGACAAAGCUGAUAUUUCACAUGAAACUCCAAGUAAUGAAGCUACAAAUGCAGAAGAAAUGAUAUCUGCUCGCGAAUUAGAAGCAAAAUCGCCAAAUGGCUCUCACGUCUCAUUUGAUGUCAAAAACGGAAACAAAGAUUCGCUUUCAAAAGAAAAUACACAAAACGAUUUAGAAGACGUUGAGGAAAACAAUUUUCUUGACACUUUUUCGACCAAAAACCUUGAGCUUUCAAUGAAACCUAAUGAUGAUGAUAAAAAACCAGAAGAACUGGAAAAUUUGAAAACAGCUGGAAAUGAAGCCAGUUCUAGCAGUCCUCCAAAAACGCCCCCGGAAGAUCAGGAGGAACAUAUUAACGCAUAGACUGAUGAUUUUGUUGCAGUAGAACAAUUAAAAUACUGACGUAAAAGCUUUUCUUUUAUUUUAUGCGCAUGAAGUUCAUAAAGAAACA